AUAACAGGUUUAUCUCUAUGAUUGCUAACGCUGGGACUCAGGUAAGUCGCGAUCGGUAUCAACCUUAGCCGCCGUCCGUAUCGUACGUUGUCGCCACCACUGCAACCAUGGGUCGUAUGCAUAGCCGCGGUAAGGGUAUUUCUUCUUCGGCUCUUCCUUAUAAAAGGACUCCUCCUAGCUGGCUCAAAACCUCUUCCCAGGAUGUGGAGGAAAACAUUUGCAAGUUUGCGAAGAAAGGGUUGACGCCCUCUCAGAUUGGUGUCAUUCUUCGGGACUCGCAUGGUAUUGCUCAGGUGAAGAGUGUGACUGGAAGCAAGAUUCUCAGGAUUCUCAAAGCUCAUGGGCUUGCACCCGAGAUUCCUGAGGAUCUGUAUCAUCUGAUAAAAAAGGCCGUUGCUAUCCGAAAGCACUUGGAAAGGAACCGGAAGGACAAGGACUCGAAGUUCCGGCUUAUUCUUGUGGAGAGCAGGAUCCAUCGUUUGGCUCGUUACUACAAGAGGACUAAGAAGCUUCCACCCGUUUGGAAAUAUGAGUCCACGACGGCCAGUACUCUUGUGGCUUAGGAAAAAUAUGGAGUGACUUCUCAAUGGCAAGUACUUUUGUGGCUUAGUAGCCUUUUAAUUUUCUCCAACAUGCAAUCAAACUAUGAGCUAUUUUUAAUUAUUCUUCAUGUUUUCAUCUCCAAUACUCCAACCAGCGUUAGUGUGGUUACUGUUUUGAAAGGUAAUUGCCCCGAAUGCUUCGUUAUGCUGGAUUUCACCAGAAUGCUUUUUACGUGAACAUUUUCUGCUAUUUGUGCACGCCUGUUUAUUUUAUUUUA